UUCCGUUUGCGGAGAACGGAGGGGAUUUGCGUUACCGAGCGACGGAUAGGAUUGACAGAGAUUAUUUCUGUCUAAAUAGACAUUAAAACAUACACGUCGCGUUUUGUCAUGGAUUAACAUUCAAUGGUCUCUUUUCACGUCAGAUCAGCGUUAUACGCGUCACACAGACAUUCAUCAUGACAGACAGUAUUUUAAGCAAAGCUGCCACUAUGGAAAUACCCAUCAACAGUAACGGGGACACCAGGACGGCAGAAGAUGACAGUCUUGAGCAGAUUGGUGGGAGCUUAGAUGAGAUUGUAGGCAAACUGCCAGUGUCCAUGGACCUGCAGCAGGUGAUGGUGUCUGGACCCAACCUGAAUGAAACCAGCAUUGUUUCUGGAGGCUAUGGGGGGGCAGCAGAAGGCAUCAUACCCACUAGUUCUAUCAAAGGGCCGGCCAUUCGUUUCAACCCGGAGUAUUUUGAAAGAAGAUGUGGCCACGCCCCCAAACCAGACAUCCGCUCCAAGUCAAGGGUCAUCCCACCCAGCCAAUCGGCUGCCAGUCGGAUAGCAAGCCAGCCGGGACAUUAUCCAGCUCCCGGCAUGCACCAUAGCAACAGCAACCCAUCCAUGUUUUCGGAGGAAGCCACAAGAGGAGUAGCUGUCGAGAAAUUUGACAGCGUGAAAAAAUGGAGCAUCAACACUUACAAGUGCACCAAGCAAAUGUUUUCAGAGCGUUUUGGCCGUGGUAUAAAAACAGUGGACCUGGAGCUUGAGGCGCAGAUCGAUGUGCUAAGAGAGACCAAACUAAAGUACGAGUGCAUUCUGAGACUCGCACGAGCGCUCACCAGCCACUUCUACAACAUGGUGCAGACUCAGCAAGCUCUUGGGGAUACGUUUGCUGAUCUUAGCCAAAAAUCCCCAGAACUUCAGGAUGAGUUUGGCUACAAUGCAGAAACACAAAGACUGCUAUGCAAGAAUGGAGAGACGCUCCUUGGUGCCAUCAAUUUCUUUGUUUCCAGUAUUAAUACAUUAGUCAACAAAACUAUGGAGGACACUCUAAUGACCAUCAAGAUGUUUGAGAAUGCAAGACUGGAGUACGAUGCCUACAGGACAGACCUGGAAGAGCUGAGUGUAGGUCCGCGAGACUCCACAGCCAUCAUGCGUAUCGAUGCGGCUCAACAGCAGUACCAGAUCCACAAAGAUAAGUACGAACGCCUGCGGAGUGAUGUUACCAUCAAACUCAAGUUUCUGGAAGAGAAUAAGGUUAAGGUGAUGCACAAACAGCUCUUGCUGUUUCACAAUGCCAUCUCUGCGUAUUUUGCUGGAAACCAGCAGCAGCUGGAACAGACUCUCAGACAGUUCAAUGUGAAGUUGAAGCCACCGGGAUCUGAUAAGCCAUCGUGGCUCGAGGAGCAGUGAUCACGUGUAGAGACACUUAAACAUGGAAGUGGAAACCGGAUGAUUGGGAAGUAAACUGUGUUUAAAUAGGAUGUGUAUGAAUGAGAAUGCACAUACUGUACUGUAAAAGAAAGUGAAGCUUUUAUGUUGCCAAACCCUUAAAAGAUGGCCCGUUUAUUUAAAGCCAAAAUAUCUCCAGGUGAAUAAUAUUGACUUUAUUCACACACAUUAUGGAAAAUGAACUGUGGUUAAAAUGUACUGCUGCCUUAAUUUACUUGCAUAUAUCUUGUAUGGGCUGUUCAAAGCAAAACAACUUGGUACAAAUCAGUUUAGGCAUCACUUUGUGUUAAACAUUUAAAGAGCUCAGAUGCAAUACCCUCUUAAAGCAACACUAUGUAGUUUCCAUGUAAAAAUGACUUACAGCUCCCCCAUGUGGUUGAAA